CUGGCCGCCGCUAGAGGCAGGUUGUCUGUUAGUGCUUUUUCUUUGUUCUGUCUUCCAGCUCUGGUCCACCGCUUCUUUGGGAUUAACUCGCUACUACCUCGCUGGCAAAGUGGAUUCGCACAAGAACCAAUUGGACUCUUGUAUCAGGAUGGCGCUUGCCAGAUUUGGCCAGGGCGGACCGCGAGCCAGCAUUGGGAGCAGGAACAACACGCACCGCUCCUCGUCCAAACCCGCCAAUAGCAGUUGCCCGCUACCGGUGGUGAGCGACUGUUCGCGGGUGGGGUCAAGCAUGGCGGUGUCGAGGGUGCCUAGCCCCCCGCCCCAGGAGCCCAACACUCCAGUAGCAGAGAACUGGUGUUACACUCAGGUUAAAGUCGUAAAAUUUAGUUAUAUGUGGACGAUAAACAACUUCAGCUUCUGCCGGGAAGAGAUGGGAGAAGUUUUAAAAUCUUCUACCUUCUCAGCUGGAGCAAAUGAUAAGCUUAAAUGGUGUUUACGCGUGAAUCCUAAAGGUUUAGACGAAGAGAGUAAAGAUUAUCUGUCACUGUACCUGCUCCUUGUGUCAUGCAACAAGUCAGAAGUCAGGGCUAAGUUCAAAUUUUCAAUUCUUAACGCCAAACGUGAAGAAACUAAAGCCAUGGAAAGCCAAAGAGCCUAUAGGUUUGUGCAAGGAAAGGAUUGGGGAUUCAAAAAAUUCAUCAGGCGAGAUUUCUUACUCGAUGAGGCUAACGGGUUAUUGCCUGAUGAUAAGCUUACAAUAUUUUGUGAGGUGAGCGUUGUCGCUGACAGCGUAAACAUCUCAGGCCAGUCGAACGCCGUACAGUUUAAAGUUCCUGAAUGUCGGCUGCCUGAUGACCUCGGCCAGUUGUUUGAGAUCCAAAAGUUCAGUGAUGUUACCUUAUCAGUCGGCGGUAGAGAAUUCCAAGCACAUAAAGCUGUCCUUGCUGCUCGCAGCCCAGUGUUUGCCGCUAUGUUCGAGCAUGAAAUGGAAGAGAGGAAGCUGAAUAGGGUUGCUAUCACCGAUGUGGAUCAGGAAGUUCUUAAAGAAAUGCUGAGGUUCAUUUACACUGGGAGGGCGACCAAUUUGGAAAGGAUGGCUGAUGAUCUCCUUGCAGCAGCAGACAAGUAUGCUCUUGAGCGGUUGAAAGUAAUGUGCGAAGAAGCACUAUGUACCAACCUGUCUGUAGAAAACGCAGCCGACACACUGAUCCUCGCAGAUCUACACAGUGCCGAACAAUUGAAGGCACAAGCGAUUGACUUUAUUAAUACACAUGCGACCGACGUUAUGGAGACGGGAGGAUGGAAAACAAUGAUCACCUCCCACCCUCACCUGAUCGCCGAGGCAUUUCGAGCCCUCGCGACGCAGCAGAUCCCGCCGAUCGGACCACCACGAAAACGAGUAAAACAGAGCUGAGGCGGAAUAAGGGCGCCUCAUCACUAAGCGACUGUACACUCACCUCUUUCCUAAUCCCCCCCUCUUGUAAAUAGUUUUCUCUCUUCGUUCGCAGCUAGGCCCUCUUGUCGUACAUUUCUUUUCUUGUUCGUUUUAAUUGAUGUACUUUCAUUUUGUAAGAUUAUCGAAUUCGAUUACAGUUCUCUUUUACGCAAUCCAACCGUCGACAAGUACAAUUAGAUUUAAUCGAUGAGGAGAAAACACGUUCGAAUUUGUUGUCGUUGAUAUCUAGUCCUACGCUGAACUUUCAGCCAAUCAAACUCAUUCAAUGCUUAUCGAUAUAUUCAUUCAUCAAUCAUUAUCCAUGUUUUUUUUUAUCGUUAUAUAGUAUAAUUUAUUGUUCGAUAAUGUUAACAUUUUUUGUGAUAGUGGCAACAAAAUGAUUUAAAACUUAAAAAGAAAAAAAAAAAAAAGAUUAAAACGAAACAGGGAUCUUGUGAGUGUAUGGUUCUGAAUUAGCUAUCGUGGUGAGAUAGUGUUCUAGCCUAGUUGAAUACGAACGCAUUGUAACGACUACAAUGGCGUACGUUUGAAACGUUCCUGUUAAUUGAAUCGCCUCAAUGGUAAGAGACUUCUGGCUGAAGACGAUCUGGAAGAGAAUCUGUGAUAUCUCUAUGACGUGAACUGUAGGCCAGUUGCUUCUGCGGAUGGCAUUUAUUGUUAUUUUCAAUGUCGGAUAUUUGUAUAUAAAUAUAUAAAUUGUAUGUAUGUAGGGAAAAAUUGCAUGUAAUGCUAUUGUAUUUUUUUUUAUAUAUAUAUUUUUCAUUUGUCAAUCAUUUUUUUAUUUAUUUUUUUUGCUGAAAUUCGGUCGAGCAGGUCUCUCCAAACAUUUCCCCCCUCUCUUGAGUUAAUUAUGUUUUUUUUUCUCUCACUUUUUAUUCAACCCCAAAUCCUUAUUAAAAGCCCUGGCAUUUCUUAAUACCAAAGUCUUUCAUUUUUGGAAAUAUUUAUUUGUUCGUUUGCAUUAAAAAUAUAUUAUAUAUAUAUUUAAAAAAUAAAAAUAAAAAUGGACAGAAGUUGGCAGCGAGAUGAAGGAGUGAGGUAGCCGAGCGACAUAAACUUCCCCCGAUAUUAAAUGCCAUAAGUGUUCUGUGAUACAGCGCCAGGACCAUUGCGUAUGUGUGCUUUAGUUUAUUUCAUGUGUUCACGAUGUAACAAUAGUUGGGUUGCAUAUAGUCUCGUAAGUAUUUUCAUUGUUAAUCAUUAGCUUUGUUUAGGAGUGCGAAUCGCUAAACGUUUCGAGUUUUUUUUUCUUCUCUAAUUUUACAAAAGAUGGAGAAUAUAUCAAGUACAAGUUAAUAAUUGUUACCUCAUUUAGACAUUCAUGUUUGUAACUAUUAAUUGUAUUAAGAAUAAGGAAAUAUGUUUAAUUUUUAAGGUAUUUUAUUAAUUUAAAAAGAUGUGUAAUGAAAUAGUCCUACCAAACUUGGAACAAACAAGCAAGCAAAAAAAAAAAAAAAAAAAAAGAUAUUAAACAAAAAAAAUAAAAUAAAACACCCGUUAAUUUUUUUUCUUUUAUUUCUUAAAUUGUUAAAUUUCCUCGCCGUAAAAGAAUUUUUGCUUUUUAUAUUAGAAUUGCUUUAUAUUAAUUUAGGUACAAUAAAUUGUAAAAUUGGGACUCAAUAAAAUUACUAAAUUACUGUGUCUGUAAGUGACUGGAGUACUGAGGUAUAAAGAAGUAUCAAGUAUGAAGCAUCUAAUAAGAGCUUAAUUGUAUAACAGUUUCUUCCUUCUUUGAUAUAUUUUCAUUUCAAACUGUUGUCUAUAUUCCAAGGUAUAAAAUAAAAUAAAAACUACUGUGUUUCAUUGAGUAUAAAUUUAUAUAUAAAUUAUUCCCUGCCAUUUUUUAGUUUUUUAAGUGUAAUAACAAUAUCAGCUAUUGUAAUUAACAACUAUUUACACAAGAAAUGGAGCAGUUCACAAUCAUUUUUCCACAAAAGAGAAACAUAUUCAUCAUUAUCUCCUAAAAACUUUCACUUUUUUUAUAUUUGUUGUUAAUUGAAAUAUUGUAAGCUAUUAUAAUAAUAUUGUCCAUGGCAUUACAAAUAUAAAUAUAUAUAUACAGGACUAAAUAUAUCAUCAAUUCAAGCGACAGGAUCGUACAACAGAAAUCAUUUAAAAAAAUAUUCUGUUGCACAUUUAAUUAAUAUUAAUACAAGAUGUUUAUCGUAUAUAAAAGGCACGCCAGAUCUUUCAUGUCCAAAUUUGAAUUCACACUUGCGACGGCGACGAAUCGACUAGUUGGUGAGCGAUAUCAAAGCUUGCACGACAUCUCCUGAAUGUUCUCUCAAUGUCCUUUCAGCAUGGCUUCUACCCACUUCUAGCUCUCGCAC